UUAAACAGCUGUCAGUCGUAGUUCAUUCGCGCUACGAUGGCGGCUGUUUUGUAUUUUAGUGAGGUUAAUUUAAAAUUAUUUAAUAUUUAUUUAAAAAGCUCAAUAAGGAGCCGAAAAUUUAGCAGUGCUAUUGGAAGAAGUAACUUUUUACGUUCGCAGACCCCUUUGAUUUAUACUCAGCAAAAGUCAACAAGCUCAAGAAGUGAACCAGAAAAAUCAUCAAAAGUCAAUGCAAGUGUUCUAUCAUUAGUUCUAAACACCAAAGGCCCCUCUAAAUUACCAACCAGCCAGCCUGCAAGAGGAUGUUUUCAUCCAGGAGCUACUGUUCUAUCCAGAGAUGCAAUCCCUUUAAAUGGAAAGCCCGUGACUGGCACAGAAAUGAUCAAGGGCAUGUGGCAGUAUAUUUGGCCAGCUGAUAAUAAAGAUAUUAGAGAUAGAGUAAAAUUGGCAGUAUCUCUAUUAAUAGGAGCUAAAUUAAUGAACGUGUGUGUACCAUUCAUAUUCAAAUAUGCAAUAGACUAUCUUAAUGUGCAAGCAGGGUCGGUUUUAACAAUGGAAACUGCUCCCGAAACUGUUGGUACGGUGGCCACUAGUUUAUUAUUGGGCUAUGGUAUUGCUAGGGCAAGCGCAUUAGGCUUCAAUGAACUGAGAAACGCGGUUUUUGCCAGGGUGGCACAACACUCAAUAAGAAGAAUAGCCAAAAAUGUGUUCUUGCACUUACAUAAUUUGGAUUUGUCGUUCCAUUUGAGUCGACAGACAGGGGCAUUAUCUAAAACGAUAGACAGAGGUUCUAGAGGGAUAAAUUUUGUACUUACUGCCAUGGUGUUUAAUGUUGUACCAACCUUUUUUGAGCUGGCGCUAGUAUCUACAGUCUUGGGAAUUAAGUGCGGCCCUGAAUUUGCAGGUGUUGCCUUUGGGUGUGUGGGUGUAUACGCAGCAUUUACACUGGCUGUUACCCAGUGGCGUACGAAAUUUCGAAUUUUCAUGAACAAAGCGGAAAAUGAGGCGGGAAACAAGGCUAUUGACUCUCUUAUAAAUUAUGAAACUGUUAAGUAUUUCAAUAAUGAACGUUAUGAGGCGAAUAGAUACGAUGAAGCUUUAAAAAAGUACCAAGACGCCAGCUUAAAAACUAGCACCAGCUUGGCAAUGUUGAAUUUCGGCCAGAAUGCCAUUUUCAGUGCCGCUUUGAGUGGCAUUAUGAUCCUUGCUGCCAAUGAAAUCGUAAAAGGAAACUUGACUGUAGGAGACCUGGUCAUGGUUAAUGCCCUACUCUUUCAACUUUCCAUACCUUUAGGUUUCUUAGGGAGUGUUUAUAGAGAAGUUAGGCAAGCUCUCAUUGAUAUGCAAACUAUGUUUACAUUGAUGUCAAUGGAGUCUAAAAUAAAGAGCAAACCUCAAGCUCCUUACCUGCACGUGGAUUCAAAAAAUACAGAGAUCGUUUUCAAAAAUGUCACUUUUGAUUAUGGCCCGGGUAAAAGAGUUCUCAACCGCCUCAAUAUGAAAAUAGAUCCUGGUAAAAAAAUUGCGGUGGUUGGAGGUUCAGGUUCUGGAAAAAGUACAAUGAUUAGGCUACUAUACCGAUUCUAUGAACCAACCGAGGGCGAGAUUUUGAUUGGCGGCCAAAACAUCAAAGACGUCGACUUAGAAAGCUUAAGAAGAUCAAUUUCCAUUGUGCCUCAGGAUUCUGUUCUUUUUCAUGAUACUAUUUUACAUAAUUUACAUUAUGGAGAUCUAAAUGCUAGUGAAGAAAAGGUGAUCGAAGCUGCUAAGAUGGCAGAGAUUCACGACUCUAUAGUAAAAUGGCCGAAAGGUUACCAAACACAAGUGGGCGAAAGAGGACUAAAGCUUUCUGGAGGGGAGAAACAGAGGGUUGCGAUCGCUAGGGCUAUUUUAAAAAAUUCACCUAUACUAGUUUUUGAUGAAGCUACCAGUUCCUUGGAUUCUAUUACUGAACAUAAUAUUCUAAAAGCUUUAAGGAACGCAACCAAAGGACGAACGUCGAUCGUGAUAGCCCAUCGUCUAAGUACAGUAAUGGAUGCCGAUGAGAUUUUUGUUCUUCAAAAUGGCAUGGUGAGCGAAAGGGGCACUCAUCAACAACUGAUCCAAGACCAGUCUAGUUUUUACCAUAAAUUGUGGACGACACAGAACCAGUCAUAUAAGGAGCAUGUUGUAGGAACGGAGUCAGAUGAGGCAAAAACUCGUAGGGAAGUAUAAAUAUGUAAUAUAUUAUUAUUUUAUUAUAUGGUUAUUUAUUUAUGGUUCGGAGGUAUUUUAUUUUUAAUACUUAAAAUAAUUGUUUUUGUAAAGGGACGCAAACAAUUUUUUUUUAAAUUUAAUCUGACCAACUAUGAAACGUUAUAAUAAUUAAAUAAUUGCUUCAAAGUUAUUAAAAGGUAAUCACUAGUCUAUAUUUUGAGUUAUUAAAUCUUAUGUUAUUUAUUGACGAUGAUACAUUAUGUAAUUUAUUAGCUGUAUGUUUUUAUAGAAAUUUACACGAUCUAGAUCUACGAUACUCUGUAUAAUAUGUCGUUCCAUCUAUUUUAUUAUCAUAUACAGUAAUGGCCAACAAAAUAAAAGUGCGCUUAAAUGUAUUUCAUUAAUUUAAAUAUUUUCCAAGUCAUAAUUUAGAAAUAAACAUAUCGUCGGCUUAAGAUGCAAAUGGCCUAACUCCAAAAUUUUAAACUAUUCAGGAGAUGCAAAAAACUUGUCAGAAUGAGAAAAUAUAAUAAAACAAGAUAAGUUUCCAAAAUAUUUUAUUUUGUUUAAUGCUUGAACAUAGAAAAUUAUUGCUCUUGUCAAAAAUAGGCUUUAUUCUUGAAAUAUUGGGAGUUAGGUAAUAUGCGUUCCGUGAGCAUGGGUUCGCAACAGGAGAUAGGCAAUAAUCUGAUUCAUUGCAACUUGAAAAUUAUAAAAAAACUUUAAAGACGCAAGCAAAAGACAAAAAGAAAGAGGCAUUUUACAAAUGUUGUAAGUUAUCAUAAAAGAUUUAAGGUCCAUUAAGUGUUGAAAUUUUUCAACUCUUCUAAAUUCCAGAUUUUUUUAUCUUUUUUCGUCAUUCUAUAAGGCAAAGGCAUCCAUUCUUCUGUAUGCCUGAUUUUAAAGAGAAUUCUGUGUUCAUUAUACUGAAGUGCUCUAAUGUUUGUUACGGUAGAAUCACCUGACUAUCUACCAGGACGGAUGGAACUAAUGUAUUGAACAUCUUGAAAGUUUUUAAAAUAUGUAUGAUCCAAGUACUCCACCACGUAGGGUUUCAGAUUUAUACGAGCAGUUUGACAAAUAUUAACAUAGUCUGCUGGGACGUUUAUGACUCGGUUUUUUAGUUUCCGCUCGAUUGUGGAGUGCAUUGAAUUUGCGUAUGCCCUUUUUCUAAAAAUUUUUGAUUAAUUGUAAUCCCAUGCUUUUGUGCAAAGUUGAAAAGUGCAUUGGCAAGAAUUGCAUUUCUGUUUUGUCCAGUGCAACCAUCACUGUACAAAAUGACUUUACUAGUAGAGUUUUUUUGGGGUAUAAUAUUAGUCUCUAAAAACUUGUAAAUGAUGGUAGCAAAUGUGUUGGCAGUUUGUCCGGCAUGACCCUCAUGCCAGAGGAAACAAUAUCCAUCCAAGGAUUUAAUGUCCAUAAUUGUAAAAUUAUGGAGUAUUAAUUUUGUUUUAUAAUAUAGAGCGCUGACAUUAGAUUUUGGACUACAUCUUCUUUUGUUUUGUCAACCUCUUUUUCCUUUCGUGCCUCCUCCUUGUUCUUUUGAUGUUCUUGAUAGGUAGCUUCGUCGAUAUUACCAGUCUUGAAACCCACACACGUAUCACAUUCAUCCUUUUUAGGUGAAAAAAGUGCUAAAUUAAAAUCGUCGAAACUGUUAUUAAAUGCUGCAAUAGAUAGCGGUUGUGAAUCGUUUUUUCUACACCAGUCAUUCUUAUAAAACCGAUAUAUUUCCAUUUUUGUUUGCCAAGAUCUUUCAAGGUAUCAUUUCUUUGUGCUCUUUCGACAAUAAUGUGACUUAAGUUUUGGAAGAACUUUAAAGAAAUUGCACAAAUUUUCUUUUUGUGUGUCGAUUUUCGCUUUUCGAUUUACUAUUUGGGAGGAAUUAUUAUCACGCGUAUCAUUAAGUUCAUCAUCCACCAAAUCAUUUGCAGUGUGGUGUGAUUAAUUUUUUUUAAUCAACCAAUGUGCAACAGUUCUUGGUGCAAUUAAAAGAGUAUUGCAAAACAUUGUUUUGCACACUCUUAUCUUAGAUGUUGUAUGAAGAAAAUAUAUAUAGGAAAAUUCCCUUCUUGACUCGUUCUCUUUUUUUCGGUCCCUAGCUCUUGAAGUACUUUUCUUUUCAACCAGCGUCCUUAGAAAUAAUUGUUUUUCGUUCCACAAAAAAUUCCAAAAUCUUGUAAAAAUUUCUGUUCUUUGAUCUUCUGUUAUCUCAUUGUACUUCAUUACUGGUUUUUGUGACUUACCAUUACUGCAUUUGCAUCUCGGUCCUAUAGCUUUUGCUUCUUUUUUUAAUAUCAUAAUUCCAUUUUUCUUCUUGCUUUUGUUUUCCAAAAUAUUCCUUUCCUUCUUGUCUCAAAAUCUUAUUUUUAUUUUUCUUCCAUUCCUUUUCAUCUACAUGACGUCUCUUUCUGCGUGUCCGUGAAGGGGUUUCGAUUGGAGUGUUAUUUUGUAGCUCUCCUAGUACGUCAUUUUCACUUGAACUUGUUUCAUUUUCACUGGGUUCAUAAGAUUUAUCUGGACGACUAGAAGAAACUUCAAUAACUUCUUCUUCCAAAAUGGAGGUUGGGACUUCUUUACCAUGAAUUGAUUCUGGAACGAAAUUCUGCCGAUCUUCUGGUUCAAUGUUGAUUUUAUCUUCAGGAAAAUUUGAGGAGAUAAAAUUCAGGUUAGCAACUUCUUCUUCACCCAGGGUGAGUAAAUCAUCAUCAGUAAUUAAAUUGUCGUCAGCUAAUAAGUGGUUAUUAGAUGCUGAGGGGCUUGCUACAUUAGUACUAUCAGUUAAGAGUGUAGAUAAAUCCUCAUUUUGAUCGAAAGUAUCACAAAAUGUUAAGAAAUCUCUUGUUACAUCGCUUUCGGAAUCGCUUUGUCUGUUGGGCUUUUCCUGGGUGUUUUGCUUAGCCAAUAAAAGCAUUUUCAUCUCACCGGAUUGCGGAUUCAUUCUGAAAUAUACAGCGUUAAUUAGAAAGUAUACUUUUAUGUAGCUAAGCAAAAAUUCAUAAUGUUAGUUUUUAGCCAAAUUUUAAAUUAGAUUUUUUAUAGGUAUUAUAGGGGAAAAAUAUUAAUAGGUACUUUUGUGUUUAUCAUCGAAACUAUAAAUAAUGGCCUAUCUCCUAUCCAAACUAAGUAAGUAUAAGAUGAAAAUUGCCUAACUCCAACACGAUAUUUUAACAUCAGAUUUACCCAAGAAUGCACAAAAUUUAAAUACUAAAUUUAUGUUCUCUAGAUAAUUUGAACGUCAAAGGUAAUUCAAGCAUUAAAAAAUUAUCGAUACUUACCUCAGAUAUUGUUUUAUGCACAUAAAAUUAAGAACAACAACGUUUCAACUGUUAUUAAUAUUACACACUGGGAGUUAGGCCAAUUGCGUAUUGUUGAAAGUUAAGCCGGAGAUAGGCGAGUUUCGACUGGUAUUUUGUCGCGGCAUUUUUGACAUUUCGGUUGUUAGGCGUAUUUAAGUCGACGCGGUUAAUUUUCAUGAACCUAACCAACCUAAAAUGUUAAUUUUAGCUAAAACUGGAGUUAGGCCAUUUGCAUCUUAAGCCGACGAUAUAUGUAUUGUCUUAUAUGGGAUGUGAUCGUGUUUAAUGAAAUGUUCAGUUUAGGUAAUUCCGUAGGCACAAUAUUAAAAAAACCUUGACCAGUAGUAUCAAAUAUUAAAAAAAAAAUCCAAGAAAUGUUUUUCUAUUCCAAUUUUUUAGCAGCAUCAUUUAAAAACCGAUUGCUCUUUUUCUUGAUGGUAAUACUAUCAGGAGAACUGUCAAUUAUUAUCAACCAAUAUUUAAAUCUUUGAGCAUAAUUAACAAUUUUAUUUGUAAUAUGUUUGCCAAAUUUAAAAUUAAAAAUUAGCUUUUUGCUAGUUGAAGGUCGUCCCCCGUUAACAUUUUUUGAACAUGUGACUGGAUUUCGGCAUCCCUGUUAAGUGCUCUUCUGGAAGAGCGAUUGUUAGUUUCAAGAAAAAAAAAAUAAGAAUAUUAUUCCAAAAAUACGCAUGAGCACUGUAAAACUUGAAUGUGGAGAUGUAAAACAUAUCCCAGCACUAUCGUCCUAUUUUUCCAUAAUAGAUAUGGCGAUAAUAUUAUUUUUCCACAUUGAAUUCUAUAUGUCAACAAUAUUUCUUCAUCUUUUAAAAUAUACCCUGAGCAUAUCUUACUUAUUUGUAUCUAAAAUAUCUUGUAAUAAUAAUUUACAUUUAUAAUCUGUAAGUAUACUGUGACAUGAAAAAGUCAUGAAUGCUCCUACCUCACAGAUUAGGCCAAACAUCUUUUAAACUAAAUAUACACGUUUUUCACGAUUUAGAUCGUGUAAAUCUAUUAAAAAAACUUUCUGUAAUAUAUAAGAAUAUUUUAAGAUGGACACCUUAUUUUAUUUAUUAUCUUAAGCCAAACUUACUAAUAGUUACUAAAGAAAAUAUAAAGUGAUUUGUAACUUGUU